AUGAUGAAAGGUCUGAAAGGCGUGCUGACAAGAUCCAAGUCUUCCGAACCACGAUCUCGAAAAACCUCUACACUGGCGUCUGAUCUGCAACAUGAAAGCCAACUUGGUGACAAUGCAGGAAUUCAGGCACCACCAGCAUUGAACCGAUCUCAACAAGAAGGUGUCAGUUGCUCACCUAUGAUGCCAAAGGAUACGAUUCUACCUAUUGGGAAGCUUCCUCGCCGUCAAAAAUCAUCUCGUUUCCAUGUCGCCCACAAGGUCGAACUUGAACGCUAUCCCGAUUUCCAUGAGGUGGCACCUUCAGAAAGACAAGACCUGAUGCUUAAGAAGCUCAAUCAAUGCCAAGUGCUUUUCGACUUUGAUAACGUAUCCUCUGAUUUGAUGAAUAAGGAGAUCAAGCGCAGCGCAUUACAGGAGAUCCUUGAUUAUAUCUCAACCACUCGUGGUGCUAUCAACCCAACUAUUUAUGCCGACAUUGUUCGCAUGUUUACUGUUAAUCUUUUUCGGACGAUCCCGCCUCAAACGGAUAUGUACAAUGAAGCUUUCGACACGGAUGAGGAAGAACCAGCAUUGGAAACAGCAUGGCCACAUAUCCAAUUGGUGUACGAGAUCUUUUUAAAGUUCAUUGAAUCGCCCGAUUUUAAUGCUCAUGCAGCUAAACGGCAUAUCGAUCACAAGUUUGUGUUGCAGCUAUUGGAGUUAUUUGAUACUGAAGAUCCACGUGAGCGUGAUUUGCUCAAAACGAUCUUGCAUCGCAUUUAUGGAAAAUUCCUGAACCUACGAGCAUUCAUACGCAAAUCCAUCAAUCACGUCUUCUUGCAAUUUAUAUAUGAAACGGAGCGAUUCAAUGGCAUUGCUGAGCUAUUGGAGAUCUUAGGAAGCAUUAUCAAUGGAUUUGCUUUGCCACUCAAAGAAGAGCACAAGACCUUUUUAUUCCGUGUAUUGAUGCCCCUCCACAAGGCGCCAUCACUUACGUUGUAUCACCCUCAGCUGGAUUAUUGCGUCGUUCAAUUCUUAGAAAAGGAUCCAACACUGACACCAGAGGUUGUAAACGCUCUAUUGCGCUAUUGGCCAAAAGUGAAUAGCAGCAAAGAAGUCUUAUACCUUGGCGAACUUGAAAACAUCCUUGAUGUUACUGAUUCUAUCGAAUUGGCUCCAGUGAUGGUCCCCGUAUUUCAGCGUCUGGCACAAUGUGUCUCAAGCCCUCACUUUCAGGUUGCUGAACGCGCUCUUUAUUUCUGGAAUAACGAUUACAUUGUGAAUCUGAUCAGCUGCAAUAUCGACACAGUGAUGCCAAUCAUGUUCCCUCCACUGUAUGAUCAUUCAAAACGCCAUUGGAAUAGGGCAAUUCAUGGUCUGGUGUAUACAGCGCUGAGGAUGUUUGUUGAUAUCAAUCCAGGAUUGUUUGAUGAAUGCACGCACCAUUUUAGGCAAGAAGAGAUUGACAGGCAAAAACAUCGACAACAUCGUGAAAUGGUAUGGCGUAAAUUAGAGCAACGUGCAUGUGCCUUGACACCACAACCUGCAAGCGACAACGUAUGCUGA